AUGGUAGACCUUACUCCCGAAUUUCGAAGAUUGAUUAAUGAAUUUUCGAUAACAGAUAAGAGUAAUAAAAGAAGAAACAAUAUCCUUCCACCAACGAAAAAGAAUGUAAAACAAAUACAAGAUGAAUUUUUGAGAGAAGCCUAUCGAAUAGCUUCACAUAUAAGCAAUUUAAAGAGUUUUCUUAUUUCUUUUCGAAAAGCUUACCUAAAUAUAACGCGACAAAGUCCAACUAGUUCUAAUCUUUCCUCUUCAAAUCGAGAUUAUUUUGAACAAGGGUUAUCCUCUAAAGUUGCAACUUUAACAGAUAAACAACGUGAUGAGAUUGAUGUACAGGCUAAAACUAUGAUCCAACAAUGCUUAGAUAGGAUAAAAAAAUUGGAAGAAGCUGAACAAGUACGACAAAAUUCAAUUAUGAAUAAUACAUGGACAAAAAUUUUUUCAUCUACGUUUUCUUAUGAAGAACGCGAUGUUUUAGCCGCAAUUCGAAGUAGUAUCACAUGGUACUUGAAUAAAAGAUUAACUGAAGUAUCGGAAAUACAAAAAAAUCAACAAGAAGCUAGGAUUUUGAAGGAAGUUGAAAGAAGAGAAAGUACACUUUAUAAAACAGUUAAUCCUCAUCAUUCACGAAAAUCAUCAUCAUCUAUUCAAAGUAUGAUAACAGAAGAAAAAGAAUCAUCAUCAAAAAACGAAGACAAUAUAAUUGAUGAUUAUGAUCUUGAUCAACAUUUAUCUGCAGAACAGAAAAUGAUGUUGGAAAUUGAGAAUGAAACUAUGAUGAAAGAAUUGGCAACUACUUUGGAACAAGUAAA